UUAUGUGUUGAAUUGAGAACCGCUUGAGAAUAUGUGAUCCGGAGACUUUCUUCGGCUGGUCCGAUCUUACUUACUUCUGUUCUUAUAUGCAUGUGUCCUCUUGUUGCAAUUUCUUUCUUAGUACAGUAACAUUUUUUUCUUCCAACUGUUAGACAGCGCUUCUUCUGUAUUCAGUUAGCCCACCCACGUACUGCACCUGUCCGCCAUCGUGGGGCACUGCAUGCGGCCACUAGCCUGGAGUAGUGGCACACGACCUGUAGUAGUGGUACACGAUCAGCUCGGCUGAGCCAGCAACCUGUAUAUGUGUUGAAUCCUACUCUUCUUCCCUGCCCAACCUCUCUACUCUAACAUGGUAUCAGACACCGGCGGCCUGUCCACUCCCUCUGCACAGGCCACCGAUCCUGCUUCCGCUCCUGCCAUGGACGGCAACCCCGUCCUCUCUCCCCGUUCCUCCGUCGACGGUGCUGCUGGCGUUCUCGUCGACGGCCCCCUGUUCGCCGAACCCCAGCAGCUCGUCGCCCCGGCCACACCGCCUCCCUCUGUCCCCUCUGCAGUCCUUCAGACUGUCGACAUCCGCCGCCAGGUUCCGGUCGUCCUCGAUCUCCUCGCUGGCAACUACUCCCAAUGGCGGCGCCACUUCGAUACGGCGAUCGGCAUGUUCGGUCUCCGUGACCACAUUGAUGCCGCGGCGGUUCCUCGUCCCAACGAGCACGCGUGGCAGAUGGCGGAUCACACCGUGGUCCAUUGGCUCUAUGCCACCAUCUCCCCGGAGCUCCUGGAUGCCGUCAUGCAGCCCGAGGACACGACCCUCGCCGUGUGGCUCGCCGUCGACGAGCUCUUCCGCAACAACCAGCUCGCGCGCGCCGUCUACAUCGACGCCGAGUACCACGCCGUCGUUCAGGGCGAUCUGACGGUGAUGCAGUACUGCACCAAGCUCAAGACCUUCGUCGAUCAACUCCGCGACUUGGGUCAGCCUGUGACCGAGUCGCGCCAGGUCUUCCACCUUCUCCGUGGCCUCAACCGCCAGUUCCACUCCGUCGUUCCCCACAUCACCUGCCAGGACCCGUUGCCAUCGUUCCUCCAGGUGCGCUCCUUCCUUCUUCUGGAGGAACACCGUGCUGCGCAGGCGACUCGCCAACAGUCCACCCUUGCUCUCUUUGCUGGGCGCGGCUCUUCUUCGACUACAGCGCCGCCUUCACCGCCAUCAGCCGCCGACAACCCGCGUGGCCGCGGCCGUGGCCGUGGCCAACGUCGCCGUGGUCAAGGGAACGGCAGUCCCUCUGCUCCACCCGCGCCUCUGGCGCCGUGCCCGUUCGGCUAUCCCGCGCCGGCUCCUGGCGCCAAUUCUUGGACGGGUCUCGUUCAGGCCUGGCCCAUGCCGUGGCGUGCCCCCGGCACUGGUGUUCUCGGGCCCCGCCCCGGCACACCCCACCAACAGGCCAUGUUUGCGGCCCCUGCCCCGUACGGCUACGGCGCGCCCGGCGCGCCUCCUGCCAGCUACGGCGCCCCUGGUGGACUGCCUCCCACCUACGGCUCCCCCGGCGCCAGUUCGUCCACCGCGCCGCCGCCUCAGCCGUGGGACAUGCACUCGCUGCAGGCCGCGCUCCACAGCGCCACUUUCGGUCCCUCCUCGUGCGGCGCUCCCGCGGACUGGUACCUCGACUCUGGCGCGUCAUCCCACAUGUCCAACUCCCCUGGACCUUCGAACCAGGGCGGUGAUUCUCCGAUGUGAUUCUGACGGCGAUCUGUACUCAGUUGGUCGUCCGACGCUCCCGUCCCGCUCUGCCUUCGCCGGCCUCGCCGACUCCACCUUAUGGCACCAACGGCUCGGGCAUGCCUCGCUUCGUCUGGCUGCUGAUCACCUCGGCUUCACCAAGUCCGCGCCGCACUCCUGCCAUGCCUGUUGCUUGGGCAAACACACCCGUCUUCCUUUUAGUAGUUCUGCCAGCACCAGCAUGUUUCCCUUUCAUGUUUUGCAUCUUGAUGUAUGGACUUCUCCCGUUGUAAGCAUCUCCGGCUAUCAGUUCUAUUUGGUUGUGCUCGAUGAUUA